AGAGGGGGAGGCGGCUCCGGACGGCGGCCGGCCUCGUCAGGGCCCGCCCGCCUGCCCGCGUUCCCUCCUCCUCGCUUCCCUCGCCGCGGCCGCCUGCCAUUGGGAGCUGCGCCGAGGCAGCCGCUCCUGCUCCGCCGCCGCCAUCAUGAGCUUCUUGUUUGGUAGCCGCUCUUCUAAAACUUUUAAACCAAAGAAGAAUAUUCCGGAAGGCUCCCACCAAUAUGAGCUGCUGAAACAUGCGGAGGCAACUCUAGGAAGUGGCAACUUACGGAUGGCUGUGAUGCUGCCUGAGGGCGAAGAUCUAAACGAAUGGGUUGCAGUGAACACUGUGGACUUUUUUAACCAGAUCAACAUGCUUUAUGGGACAAUUACAGACUUCUGCACAGAGGAGAGCUGUCCAGUGAUGUCUGCAGGGCCAAAAUACGAGUACCAUUGGGCAGAUGGGACAAAUAUAAAGAAGCCAAUCAAGUGCUCAGCACCAAAGUACAUUGAUUACCUUAUGACCUGGGUUCAGGAUCAGCUGGAUGAUGAGACGCUGUUUCCAUCCAAAAUAGGUGUUCCUUUCCCAAAGAAUUUCAUGUCUGUAGCUAAGACCAUCUUAAAGCGUCUCUUCAGAGUUUAUGCUCACAUAUAUCACCAGCACUUUGAUCCUGUUAUCCAGCUUCAGGAAGAAGCACAUCUCAACACAUCCUUCAAGCACUUUAUCUUUUUUGUUCAGGAAUUUAACCUUAUAGACAGAAGAGAACUUGCUCCACUCCAAGAACUGAUUGAAAAACUCACUUCAAAGGACAGAUAAGCAAAAAUGAAAUGGUGGAAAUCACUUGUUUCUUUAAACAGGCGUGUGGGGUUUUAGGGAUUUGGGCUGAAAUUCUCUACACACUAAGUUCCAUGGGACUUAACUCCUGAGUAAGUGUGUGGUUUGCAACCUUUUGUUUGUUUGUUUUAGAAAGAAAAGGAAACUUCUGUUUUAAUUCAGGCAACCUAGAUCCAUUCUCUGUGCUUUUAUUAGUGAAACUACUUUCACUUAGUGAGAUACAGUAAAUGGUUUUCUGUUACUGUUCAUUGUUAUUGUUGAUUUUUAGCAGAUGUUGUGUAUUAAUAAAGGAAAAAUACAUGCUUGUUGGGAAAUGUGACACUGCUAGUUGGAAGGGUUCAGCAUUGCCAGUUGUACACCAUUCUCAGAAGGUCCUUAAAAAGACUUAAUCUUCUCUAAGUGCCUUGGUAGAUUCUCUUCUGAGGUACAAAGCACAUACAAAGAAUAUUGCUGGAAACAGAAAACACAAAUAGCUACCCAGGACUUUUAUUAAUACUUGUUAUAUAUAGUAAAUAUGUGUAAACCUUUUCUAAAAGCCAUAA